GGUAAUUAGAACAAUAUAUUGAGAGAGGAGCCAUCCCAACCCUAUAUUUUUUGUCGUAGUUUAUGACUGGAUGCCACCGAUGUGUUCAAUAUUUGGUAUUCUUUUUUGUCAUACGUAACGUAAUUUAGAACUUGUCUGUUAGCAGCGCUGAGCAAUGAAUAAGAGGCAUGGAUGUACAAGACGAAUUGUUCUUGCGUAUGAAACACGGCAGGAAGGAAUGUAUACGCCUGAAUAGCGUGGUGCGUAGAAUGAGCACGCUUCGUGCUCUAAUGCAAUACCACAAGGACCUGGCUCGCAAAGAGGUUGAUGGCUUUGUAAACAGGAUGUUGGACGCAUUGAAGCAAUUCAAAGCUGAAGCCCACCUAGAGGUUGAGGAGUGCUACAGGAGCAGGGUUUGUGAGCUGGAGCUGCUGCAGGCAGAGAUGGAGCGGGACAUGGAGCUGCUCACUGACCUGUGUGACCAGGCAGACCGCCUUCUCAACCCACACGUGGACAUGCUCUCCUGCCAGCCUACCAUUCACAGGCUCUUGGAUGGCUUUGGUACACUAUGCAGAAAGCAUCUGGAGGUGAAUUUGGAUCAAUGUCUGGCCCUUAGCUUCCAGCCAGCUUUCAACCCCGAGGACAUAAACUCCAGAAUGUUUGGCAGUGUUGUCAGGGAAGAUGUCGUCUUGAAAAGUGACAUCAAAGGGAGCAAAAACUGUAUGGAUAUUGGAACCCAGACCAAGGACAUAGUAACCAGGGCUGCCCCGUCCAGUCAAACACUGGACACCACAAGGAGCUGUUGCAGUGGACAGACUGUGUCCCAGUACACCGCUGAGACAUUGGCUGUACUUUCCCCUCCAUACAGUUGCCAUGAAGUUGGUCGAGGCGAAUCAGAACAAAGAAGAAGAGCCAGUUCACCAACCCUGGGGUACACAGCAUUUAACCAGGCAGGAUCUAUUGUUCCUGAGCUGCCAUCUCCUGAAAAUCUCUACCUUUCCUCCAAUGUGCCAAUUUUCAUGCAGCAAAGCAGGAAAGAUUAUCAGCAGUAUAAGAGUGUGCUGCCCUCAUGUGAUAAUCAGCUGUUUGUGUGUCCAGUGUCUACACAGCCUAUGCCAGAGGUCUCUGCCAAAGAAUCCACUCAUUGCCAGUCUUACUUGCAAGGCAGUGAAAGUGACAAGGACAGAGUGAUAAGGAUGCCACCUGGUUUUGAAAAUCAUCUCAAUUAUGUUGCCUUGCCAAUUGAAGCAAAUAAAGUUGUGGUUGCAAAUAUUGAUAUAGAUGGCCAAUCACUAGAUAGAAAGAAGUUAGAACACGUUAAUUAUCACAUUGAUGAAAACAUUCCUAAUGUUUGUGAAAUCAAUGUGCGAGACAUUCCAUUGCCUAUUGGGCCCCCAAGACUGGAGAGUAUACAUGAGAUCGAUGAAGAGAAUAUACUAGAACUAGAUGACAAUAAGACUGCAGCUGAGAAGAUGGAAGUUGUGAAAGAAAAGUUGAAUGUAGUGUGUGGUAAAGAUAAAGAUGUGCAAAGUAAAUUAGACAGAAUAUUGUCAAGAGCUAGAAAAGUAUUAACUGAUUCUGAAACCGCCAGCAAGUUAAGUGGUGAUGGAUCAGAUUUAUUUUGCAGCAGAGGGGAGGAAGCAAUUGACAUGGUUUCUGGUGAGCCGAAAGAUGACAUUGCAGAGGAUGACACUACAGGCAAGAAUAUGAAGGAUAAUUAUGAAGGUGAAGUCAGGACUGACAUUGCUGAUGUGAGAGUAGGUGGUCCAACUGUAGAGGGCUUAAACGACAGAUGUAAAGAGCAUGUGCUUCAAGUAAAAACAAAGUACUUUCAGAAAGGAGGAGUAGGAGAUGAGGGCACUGAUGAUUUGAAGCCUCCAAGACUUCCCAUGUUUUCAGUCUUAGUCAAUGUGUCAGAGCCACAGAGUGACAUGACAGGCAGAGUCCAGGACACGGAUCUGAAACCACUCAGACGGCCGCUGCCUAUUACUGACAAACUGUUGAAACAGAACAUUCUAAAAAAAGACAGAUGUGAUAACUUUGGUUUAAAUACAAGACUAAAUGACCUUGAUAAAGCAAAAUGUGAUAUUAACAGUAAUUAUGUUAUGAAUCUCAAUUGCUCAAUCCCACAAGGGACAGAAGAGGAGUUUACAGAGAGCAUUGUUAAAACAGGGAUACUUGUAGCAAUUUUUGAUGAUGCAAACAUCACAGCAGAUAUCUUGAAACAGUGCUCUGAUACAGGUCAAACUCUGCCUGAAGCUGUCAAAAAGUGUAAAGAGAACAUGUCAACAGAUAGAAAUUGGAAUGCUUUAAUGGCUCAAACCAGUUGGUGUAAAGGCUACUUGAAGAAACGGUUAUCAGAGAACGGAGAACUGAUAACAGGAGACUGGGAUGUAGAUGACAAGCAAGGCACCUGUGACAAGCAAGGCAGCGGUGACGAGCAAGGCAGCGGUGACAAGCAAGGCUUUGGUGACAAGAAAGGCAGUGGUGUCAAACAUAGCUGGGGUGACAAGCAAGGCAGCAGUGACAAGCAAGGCUGGAGAAACAAGAAAGGCUUGGGAAACAAGCAGGGCAGCGAUGACAAGAAAGGCAGUGGUGACAAGCACGGCUGGGGUGACGAGAAAGGCUGGGGCGACAAGCAAGUCCCGGUUGACAAGCAAGGCUGCAGGGACAAGCAAGGCAGCAACAAAAAGCAAGGCUGGGCUGACAAGCAAUGCAGGGGUGACAAGCAAUUCAGCAGUGACAAGCAAGGCUGGGAUGACGAGCAAGACAGGGGUGACAAGCAAAGCUGGUGUGACAUGCAAGGCUGGGGUGAUAAGGCGGGCAGUGUCUACAAUGAAGGCAGGGGUGACAAGCAAGGCUGCAGUGACAAGCAAGGCAGCGGUGGCAAGCAAGGCAGCGGUGACGAGCAAGGCUGGGAGUACAAGCAAUGCAGCAGUGACAAGCAAGGCUGGGAUGAAAAGCUAGGCAGCGGUGACAAGCAUGGCUGGGGUAACAAGCAAGGCAGCAGUGACAAGCAAGGCAGCGGUGGCAAGCAAGGCAGCGGUUACGAGCAAGGCUGGGAUGACAAGCAAUGCAGCGGUGACAAGCAAGGCUGGGAUGACAAGCCAGGCAGCGAUGACAAGCAAUGCUGGGGUGACAAGCAAGGCUGGUUUGACAAGCAAGGCUGGGGUGACAAGCAUGGAAGCAAUGACAAUCAAGGCAGCGGUGACAAUCAAGGCAGCGGUGACAAUCAAAGCAGCAGUGACAAGGUAAAUGGAGAUAUAUUGUUAGGCGAAACAGAACAACUCUGCCGCAAUGAAUCAGUUCUGGAGACGAGCUCAUCAGCACAGCAAGUUUUAGGAGAUCAGUCUGGUGAUGGGGAUGAAUUGAAAACACUUCCAUUAAAGCACAUUCCAGUCAUGAUUACGGAGAGAGGCACUGUUGCAACAGCGACUGUGCAGUCUAAGCUGGACUAUCGCAAAAAUCCAACCUCUGCAAGAACUUCAGAGGGUUGGGCGGAUGAACUCAAAACUGACAAUCCCUCAGCUAAAUCAAGCCCAUUUCCUAUCAGCAUAAUUAUAAAUAAGAAAGUUGAAGCUCCAUGUAAACGUGGUGGUUCUCUGACAAAAUCAGACAUGGUUUCUAAAGGCAUAAAAGCUGAAAACUGGCAUGUGAAGAAGAAACCUACGGUCAAAGAAAGUGGCAGGACCAUGUCUAGCAUAGUAAAAGAUGUUAUAGAUCAUAACCUGAGUCGUGACCGGACUGUUGUACGCAGUAGUAUAGGAGCCCUACAGCAACACUGGAACAAGAUGGGUAACAGUCCCAGCUCAAGUCCAGUGGUGAAAGGCAAGCUGCUAUUCAAAUGCUUGAGUGGCAUGCAUUACCCGAUCGGUUUGUGCUCCAACAGUGAGGGAAAGAUAAUCGUUGCUGACACUGGUAACCACUGCCUGCUCAUGUUCACUGGAGGCGGGACUGCUGAUAUGCAGUUUGGAAAAGUGCUGUGUCCUGGAAUGAGGCGGCCCUCGGCGGUGGUUGUUAAUGACAACGAUGAAAUCUUUGUUAAAGAUGAUGUGUGUAUACGCAUCUUCUCUGCUAAUGGAGUAUUUCAAAGGAACAUCGCUGAAGACUUGUUGAAGAAACCUUUUGGCUUAGCCCUAGCUGAUAAUGGUCGUCUGAUAGUCCUUGAGACAUCUCCAAAGAAUCCAAGCCUGGUUCACAUCUCACAGGACGGCAAGUGUGUGUGGCGCUUCACCUUCCAGCCCCUGGCGCAUCAGAGCAGGGCACAUGUCAACUCCAAGUGCAGGUUCAUGGCACUCGCAGAAAACAGCAUCAUCAUCAGUGACCUGGGUGCAAGUAUAAUCUACAUCACCACACUGGAGGGUCAGUUGUUGAAGACGCUAGGUCGCUACGGUCAUGGACCCAUGGAGUUCUUUGAGCCGUCAGGUAUCACGGUUGACAAGUUUGGCAACAUCCUCAUAGGAGACAGCAAAAACAACAGAAUUCAGAUGUACCGUCAUGAUGGGACCUACAUGGGUAUCGUUGCCUUGGACGCGGCCAUUUGUCGACCCUCUGGCAUCCACCUGACAGGAGACAGCAGACUGCUGGUGGUCAACUUCCUACAGCACCAGGUGUUGGCCUUCCAGUUAGAAAGCUGCUGAAAUAUCUGCACCAGGUGUUGGCCUUCCAGUUAGAAAUCUGCUGAAAUACCUGCACCAGGUGUUGGUCUUCCAGCUAGAGAGCUGCUGAAAUACCUGCACCAGGUGUUGGUCUUCCAGUUAAAAAGCUGCUGAUAAUACCUGCACCAGGUGUUGGCUUUCCAGUUAGAAAGCUGCUGAAAUACCUGCACCAGGUGUUGGUCUUCCAGUGAGAAAGCUGCUGAAAUACCUGCACCAGGUGUUGGUCUUCCAGUUAGAAAGCUGCUGAAAUACCUGCACCAGGUGUUGGCCUUCCAGUUAGAGAGCUGCUGAAAUACCUGCACCAGGUGUUGGCCUUCCAACUAGAGAGCUGCUGUUAUAUUGUAAGACAAACAAAUGCUGGUGUUUGACAAAAUCUUGUUUUACUUUUUAUGCCCCCCUUCGAAGAAGAGGGGGUAUAAUAUUUUGCUCAUGUCGGUAUGUCGGUCGGUCCUUCGGUCCGUCCACCAGAUGGUUUCCGGAUGAUUACUCAAGAAUGCUUAGGCCUAGGAUCAUGAAACUUCAUAGGUACAUAGAUCAUGACUGGUAGAUGACCCCUAUUGAUUUUUCAGGUCACUAGGUCAAAGGUCAAGGUCACAGUGAUUUGAAAUAAUAAAAUGGUUUCCGGAUGAUAACUCAAGAACGCUAAGGCCUAGAAACAUGAAACUUCAUAGGUACAUUGAUCAUGAUUGGCAGAUGACCACUAUUGAUUUUCAGGUCACUAGGUCAAAUGUCAAGGUCACAGUGACUCGAAACAGGAAAAUGGUUUCCGGAUGAUAACUCAAGAAUGUACGCGUAGGAUCUUGAAACUUCAUAGAAACAUUGAUCAUGACUCGCAGAUGACUCCUAUUGAUUUUCAGGUCACUUGGUCAAAGGUCAAGGUCACGGUGACUCGACACAGGAAAAUGGUUUCCGGAUGAUAACUCAAGAACGCUUACACCUAGGAUCAUGAAACUUCAUAGGUACAUUGAUCAUGACUCGCAGAUGACCCCUAUAGAUUUUCAGAUCACUAGGUCAUAGGUCACGGUGACACGACACAGUAAAAUUGUUUCCGGAUGAUAACUCAAGAAAGCUUACGCUUAGGAUCAUCAAACUUCAUAGGUACAUUAAUUAUGACUGGCAUAUGACCCCUAUUGAUUUUCAGGUCACUAGGUCAAAGGUCAAGAUCACAGUGACUCCAAAUAGUAAAACGGUUUCCGGAUGAUACUCAAGAAUGCUUACACCUAAGAUCAUGAAACUUCAUAGGUUCAUUGAUCAUGACGGGCAGAUGACCCCUAUUAAUUUUCAGGUCACUAGGUCAAAAGUCAAGGUUACAGUGACUCGAAACAGUAAAAUGGUUUCCUGAUGAUAACUCAAGAAUAAUUAGGCCUAGGAUCAUGAAACUUCAUAGGUAAAUUGAUCAUGACUGGCAGGUGACCCCUAUUGAUUUUCAGGUUACUAGGUCAAAGGUCAAGGUCACAGUGACAAAAACAUAUUCACACAAUGGUUGCCACUACAACUGACAGCCCAUAUGGGUGGCAUGCAUGUUUUACAAACAGCCCUUGUUUCAUUUAAGUUUAUUUUUUUGUUGAAAACUUAAUACUGCAACAAUUAGCUUAAGUUAGGCUCUUCAUUUAAAUAAGUCGUUCAUAUUCAGUGUUGUGUAAAUUGAGAUCAUGAAAGUUGUUUUACAUUGACAAGCUAAAUUUGGUGUUGUAUUAUCAGCAGUAUCCUUACUUUCUAGAGAUAAAUAUUUAUCAGUAUUACUAAGAUAAUCCCCUCUGCAAACGGGGUUGGGGGUUUGGGAGGCAUAAGAAUAUCCUUUGACUGUCCAUACCUCUCUUAGCUUAUCUGCCUAUUAGCCUUUUUAUGAAAAUUGUGAUGAUGUGCUCUUGACAUGAGUCAUUCACCCUGGGUCAAUAUCAGAAUUCAAGAUCAAAAGUUUGCUCCGCUUUUUUCUGCCUGGUUAAUACCCUUCACUCAUUGAAGAAUUGUCAUGAAAACCUGCUUAAAUGUUUAGGUCUUUAAGACAUGCAGAAGGCAUGAGUCAGUCAUGCCCAUUCAAAGUCAAUGUUGAAUGUCAAAGUCAUAUACCUUAGCCUCCAUUUUUGUAUCUGCUUAAUAUCUUUGUACAAUUUAAGGGAUGUUAAUGGAACUUUGCCACAACAAUUAAGGUUAUUGAGAGGAUGUGCAGAAGACAUAAAUACAUCGUUGAGGUUCAAGGUCAUGCAUCUUGCUUACGUGCAUCAAAAAACUUGGUCACUAAGUUGAUUCGAAGAAUAACUGUGUUACCACUCUAUAGGCCUCAUUUAUGACUCAAUGAAACUUGGCCAGAAUUUGUAUUUGACAAUAUAUAGGACAAUUUUGAAUCUGAUUUUUUUUUCAAAUCUUAAAAGCUUGUUACAAAUAGGGGGAACAUUAAUGUCUUGUUCUUAUUGAGAGUUAAUUUGAGUGUUUAUGUCCCCCACCACUAUAGUGGGGGACAUAUUGUUUUUGCCCUGUUCGUUUGUUUGUUUGUUUGCCCCAACUUUAACAUUUUGCCAUAACUUUUGCAAUAUUGAAGAUAGCAACUUUAUAUUGAGCAUGCAUGUGUAUCUCAUGGAGCUGCACAGUUUGAGUGGUGAAAUGUCAAGGUCAUCCUUCAAGGUCAAAGGUCAUUAAAACAAAUCCAAGGGAAGUAAUAAGCUUUAAUGGGAGAUAAUUAUUUGAACCUGCCAAAUGAUAAAAAAAAAUUCAAAGCGGCGCAGUAGGGGACACAGUGUUUCUGACAAACACAUUUCUUGUUUUAAACUAGAUAUAGACUAAGUUUGAAUCUGGGUCAUCUGCGCCCAAAAACUAAGUUACCAGGUCAAAUGUUAGAAAAACGUAACCACUCUAGAGACCAUAUUUAUAACCACUCCAGAGACCAUAUUUAUGACUCGAUCUUGAUAAAAGUUUUUCAGAAUGUUUAUCUUAAGAUAGAGCCACUGUAAUGGGCAUCUUUUCAAAUAUAAUCGAAUGUAUUAUUUUCUUCAUCAGCAUCAUUUCACUGAACUACAUACAAAUUUUAAGGUAGGCUUGCUUAAAAAAAAAUAUACCGAUUUUUUCAAAACCACCCCCACGCUCGGCUUUUGUCCAGUUUAUUUGCACUGCUAGGGUAUAUGAAAGUUCCAUAAUUCAUCCAGAUUUCCAAAUAUGGACAUGCAGUUGGUGUGUACCGAUGCAGUAAAGGUGUUUUAAAGUUUAAACAAGAUGAAAUAAGUAUUCUUUUACAGACAUUUAUUUUCUAUAACUUAUAAUCUAUUGAAGAGCAUCAUGAAAUGUAAGUAGUUUCAGCCAAGUAGAAAUGGGGUUGGUUAAAAAUGAAGUGUCAUACAAUUCAAAAUAGUAUCAUUUAAGUAAUAUUUUGAAUUUAUUUAUAUGAUUUAUAUUAAAUCAAAUUACGUUUGAAAAGAAAUAAAACGUUUUGCAAAUAGUAUGAAUUGUUGGCAGGAUUCGAAUCUGCGCGGGAAGAUCCCAAAAUAGUUCUAAUCUAUCGCCUUAACCUCUCGGCCACGAUAACUUCACAUAAGUACCUGCUUAAAUAAGAUAUCCAUAAGUAAACAUGUAAAAAGGCUCUUCGAUCUUCGAAAAAAUCGAGGGAAAUCAUUACAGUUGCUCUACCUUAAAUAGAGAUUGAAUCUGGAUCAUAUUUGUCCAAAAACUUGCUAACAACGUUGAAUACAAACUUGUAAGCAUUUUUAAACACGUUUUGACUCAAUUCGGAUGAAAAUUGGUGAAAAUGUUUAUUCAGACAAUAUCAAGACAGAGUUCAAAUCUUUCAUGUGCGUCCGAAAUCUAUCUCACUUGGUCAAAUAUUAGAAAACCUUGUAACCACUUUAUACCACACAUUUAUGACUAAAUCCUAAUUAAACUUGAUGAGAAAGUUUUUCUAGACUAAAAUGAGAAUCUGUGUCAUGAGUGUCUAAAAACUGAGGUAUCCAAAUACAUUUUCAAAAUGUUAUAUGCGAUUUUUAUGACUUUUCUUGGCUUAGUUCGAAUCUGGGGCAUGUGCAUAAAAAACAAGGCAUCUAGAUUAAAUCUAUGAAAAACCUUGUUACCACUCCAGAGGAUAUAUUUAUGACUCAAUCUUUAUGAAACUUUGUCAGAAUGUUUGUCUGGACAAUAUUUUAGCAGAUGUUAUAAUAUUGGUCAUGUGUAUCCAAAACUUGGUUCCCAUGUCAAAAGGUUAGAAAACUUUACAAUAUGGAUGCCAUAUUUAUGAUUCGAUCUUCAUAAAACUUAGUCAGAAUGAUCAAAUUUGAAAUACCUAUGAAUCUAGAUCCGUGCAUAAAAAAUCAGAUGAACAGGUCAAAAGUUAGAAAAACUUUAUUACUUAUUUAGAGGCCACAUUUAUGACGCAGUCUUUAUGAAACUUAAUUAGAAUAUAUUUGUUGACAAUUCUUAUGCAAAAAAGGAUUUAUAUAUUUUUUCAUUAUAUAAUUUCCAAUUUAGCAAAGACCAUGGUUUUCUUUGAAUUGAUUUCUAGCAAGUAGUUUGAAAUGUAUAUUUGCAAAUUUGUCAUUUUAUAUUUAAUGCAUUAACUAAAUAGCAUAAUGUAACGUACUAGACAUAAUUUGUUGCGCAUUGAUGUUCAAUUACUGUUGACAUUCAAAACCUGCCUGAAAUCGUGUUGUUUUAUUUGUUCACAGCACCCGUGAAUGUACUUGGUGUUUGGAAAACAGAUAGUUGCUUUUCAUAAAAAUAACUUUUGUUUGUUUUUUAGAUGCAUUUCUUUGUUGUGUUUCUAAUGAGCAAGUUAUGCUUCAUUGUUGUUUGUUAAAUGGAAAGAUUUAAUUCAUUGCAUUCUAAAAUUCAUCUUUUCACCUAUGCUUUGCCUCUUGUGAGUUUUGAAAUUAGUUCUCAUCUUAGUUUUGAAAGACAAUUUUGUCUGACAAGGUUUGUCACUGCCAGACAAGUCAUGAUAAAUCAUGGUGUAUAUAUCUGAUAGGUCUAACAUAAUUUCUAACAUCUUUUGGUUUCAGUUAUCUUUUGGCGAUUGCCUUUUGUCGGUCAUGUGGCGUGCGUCAUCAACAUUUGCUUUGUUAACACACUAGAGGCCACAUUUAUUUUCCAUUCCUCAUGAAACUUGGUCAGAAGGGUUUGUCUUAAUGAUAUUUUGGACGAGUUCGUAAUGGGUUCCGGUUGGUUGAAAAACAUUGCCGCCAGGGGGCGGGGCAUUUUCCCUUAGAUGGCUAUAGUAAAACCUUGUUAACCCUCUAAGAGGCCACAUGUAUUGUCGGAUCUUCAUGAAACUUGCUAAGAACAUUUGCCCUAAUGCUCUCUUGGAUUUGUUCGAAAAUGGUUCCAUUUGGUUAAAAAACAUGGCCGCCGGAGGCGAGGCAUUUUUCCUUAUAUGGCUAUAGAUAAACCUUGUUAACACUCUUGAGGCCACAUUUAUUGGUCCAUCUUCAUGAAACUUGCUAAAAACGUUUGCCCUAAUGCUAUCUUGGAUUUGUUUGAAAAUUCGGUUUGGUUAAAAAACAUGGCAGCCAGAGGCGGGGCAUUUUUCCUUAUAUGGCUAUAGUAAAACCUUGCACACACUCCAGAGGCCACAUUUAUUGGUCCAUCUUCAUGAAACGUUAUCAGAAUAUUUGUCUCAAUGAUACCUUGGAUGAGUUUUAAAAAGGUGCCGGUUGGUUGAAAAACAUUUCAGCCAGGGAGAGGGGCAUUUUUCUUUAUAUUGCUAUUGUUAAACCUUGUUAACACUCUAGGCAUCGCAUUUAUUGUCCAAUCUUCAUUAAACUUGGUCAGAACAUUUAUUCUAAUGAUAGCUUGGACUAGUUCAAAACUGGUUCUUGUUUGUAUAAAAACAUGGCCUCUAGGGGUGGAGCAUUUUUCCUAAGAUGGUUAUAGUAAAACCUUGUUAACACUCUUAAAGUCAUUAUUAUGAUCCAGUCUUAAUUGAACUUGGUCAAAACAUUUUAGUAAUGAGAUCUUGGAUUGGUCUGUUGAAAAACAUGGCCGUAAUUGUGUGGGGCAUUUUUCCCCUCUGAAAGUCACAAUCAUAGUUCAAUUUUCAAGAACCUUGGACAGAACAUUUCUUCUAAUGAUAUCUUGGGCUUCAAUAUGGUCUACAUACCUUUGUUGAAAAUACUAGUUUAAUGUUUAUCAGUUGUUGUUAAAUCCAAUUCCAUAAUAUGUAUGAUUGUUGAUGCGCAGUUGUCCUUUUCGUUUGAUCUAACAAACGCGAAAAGUUGCGUAAACAUGUAGUUAACUGCCAUUUGGUUGAUCUCGUUCAGAUGUUUUUCUUCUUUUGUUUAUUAUGUUAUUAAAAAUAAAUUCGGAAAAGUUUAA